CAUAGCCAGGUGGCUGAGCUCGCUAACAAGUUUGACUGCGCUACCCCUGGAUGGCGUGCUUGGGCGAACACCAGGUUAUUAAAUCAUAACCGUAGGAAUUACUUCCACUCUGUAACCAAGCUUCUGUAUCUUUUCUGCUCUUCCUCUCUCCUCCAUCCCUUAUAUUGCCUUCACUGCGGCAUGGCUGAAGACCACAUAAAUACCGCCUUUGGCGCCCUUGGAGCCCUUGAUGUCCUUGUACAACGUUGUAUGCAAGGAUUUGCACUAUGGCAGCGCAUCGAUAACGUGACCGAAUCGAUUGAAACAUUCAAAAUUCGACUGGACCUAUAUUGUGCAAAGUUAGCCUUCUGGGCUCAGGAAUGGGGCAUCGAGAAAAAUCAACAUAUUAAGGACCGCAAGUUCCGUACCUACGAGUCAGUGGCCAUGAACUAUCUCAAACUCAUCUAUCGACUCACUCACGGCCUGAGCGGUUUCGACAGCGCUCUUCCUUCGCUCAGCACGGCCCACAACUUGACUGCCAUGGACUCGCUGCGCCGUAUAUAUCAACUGGGCUCAAUAUCUCUCGAACCCCAUGACUCUGACAGAGCCGAUGCAACUUCCACAGGAUUUGAAUCCGCUUCCGAGCGAUUGAAGUGGGCCUUGCAAGAGGAGAAGUUGACUGAAAGGCUGAUCUUGCUAGAGACUCUGAUUCAAGAUCUCUACGUCUUUUUUCCUCCUCCGUACUCUGAUCCAGCCGGCGUUAUCGUCUUGGGCACAUCACUUGCAAGUCAGGACGCAGCUACCCUUGCCAGAACCAGUCAUGCUAUUGAUUCGACAUCAUUGCAUGCGGGGCUUGCGUGGUUGAAAUCUAUGGCCUACAGGACCCAGGCGGCACCCUAUGGACUGGGUUCCAGAACAACUGAACUGAAGGAAGGUAAACUUGUAGUACAAAGUCGGGAGCAAAAUGAAUCACGUUUCAUAGCCAGCUAUGACGGCUCCUACGUAUUUGUCGAGCAAAAAAACAGCACAACUCCUCGAACUGAUACAAGUCAGCGCAGACUCUUAGAUGCACGGAUUAAGAACAUCGUUCUUCGUCUUCAGGAUCCUCUCAAGCCGACUGAGUUGAGAACACUUCCUUGCCAAGGAAUCAUCGAGUCGCCGAAAAUGACGGAUGAGACGUUUACGUUCACCUACAGCAUCGUAUACAAGGUGGAUGUGCCGCACUUCUUUUCGCUUCAGAACAUCUUGAGCCAGAGCCAAAAAUCGAAACAAGAGAUUCAGCAUGUUCGAGAUUGCCUUCCUCUCGGGCGGCGGUUCGUUGUUGCUCAGACCCUUGCCCGCGCUGUCAUGUACCUCCACUUCGCUGACUGGCUUCAUAAAGCAAUCAGAAGCGAUAACAUACUUUUUUUUGCAGAGAACCUGGCUAGCUUGGGGUCUGCAUUGCCGUACCUUGUUGGGUUUGAAUAUAGCCGACCUGAUGCUCACGGAGAGCAAACGGAGAAUGUCGUUGACAAGAAAGGGCACAAGUUUUAUCGCCACCCCAAAGCUCACGCCGUCCCGGUAGCAGACUUACAACAGCCUUUAGGAGGAGCAGGGCGCUAUUCAAAGGUCUACGAUAUAUACAGCCUAGGGGUUAUCCUUAUGGAGCUUGGACUGUUUAAGUCGGCAAAAAGAAUAGUGGCAGAGAGUAUGGACUCAAACACUGAUCCCACUCCGGAAGAUAUCCGAAAUGCUCUUGUUUAUAGAGCCGUUCCUAAACUGAAGUUUACAAUGGGCGAGAUAUAUGCUAAGGUAACCUGUAUUUGCUUAAACGAGUAUUUUGAUGAUAUUGACAGGGGGGCUUUGGAUGAGGUAUUUUACACGAACGUGGUGCGUAGAUUAGAACUUUGUAACGCUUAGGACCAAACUGGAUACCGCUUUUGAGAUCUUAAUGGCGAACAUGAUGUGACGGUUUAGACCGAGGAUUGGAAUCGGGCCUCAGGCACCGAUUGAGGAUCAACUGUGCGGCUCAUCCGUGCGGCUCGUCUGUGCGGCCUUGCUGGAAUCUUCGAUAAUACUCUAGAACUCCGUGCGGCCCUACUUUGCUGGAAUCUUUAAUACUACUUUAGAGCUUCAAACUAUCUAAUGGCAACCUCGAGAAGGAAGAGGAUAGAAUGCAGUGGAAAGCCUUCGUACGAGCUCUAUAUAAAGACUCGUCUUCUUUGUAUCUAU